UUUAGCACAAACACUAAAGGGGGAAAUCGUUUUCUAAAAGGUUGGGAAGAUGGCAGUGUUGAAAAAUAAAAGUAUAAUAUUGAAUAAAUGAAAAUGAGUAGGUCUUGCUAAAAGCCUUUAUUUUGUUUGAAAUAUAGUAAUAAGAACUGGGAUAAUAAUCACAUUGGUGCUUUGUGUUUCCAAGCAUUUUCCAAAUAUUUUGUCUUCUCAACAGUCCUUCACAAUGAACUGGGAAGGGCAGUGUCCGAGGGAGGAAAGAGUGACAGACCUGGAGACUACCAUUCUCUGUCCUUCUCACAGCUCUUUCACCAUGCCUGGGUCACUUCCUUUGAAUGCAGAAGCUUGUUGGCCAAAAGAUGUGGGAAUUGUUGCCCUUGAGAUCUAUUUUCCUUCUCAAUAUGUUGACCAAGCAGAGUUGGAAAAAUAUGAUGGUGUAGAUGCUGGAAAGUACACCAUUGGUUUGGGCCAGGCCAAGAUGGGCUUCUGCACAGAUCGAGAAGAUAUCAACUCUCUUUGUCUGACUGUGGUUCAGAAUUUGAUGGAAAGAAAUAGCCUUUCCUAUGAUUGCAUUGGGCGACUAGAAGUUGGAACAGAGACAAUCAUUGACAAAUCAAAAUCAGUGAAGACUAAUUUGAUGCAGCUGUUUGAGGAGUCUGGGAAUACAGAUAUAGAAGGAAUAGAUACAACUAAUGCAUGCUAUGGAGGCACAGCUGCUGUCUUCAAUGCUGUUAACUGGAUUGAGUCCAGCUCUUGGGAUGGACGGUAUGCUCUGGUAGUUGCAGGAGAUAUUGCUAUAUAUGCCACAGGAAAUGCCAGGCCUACAGGGGGAGUUGGAGCUGUGGCUCUACUAAUUGGGCCAAAUGCUCCUUUAAUUUUUGACCGAGGGCUUCGUGGGACACAUAUGCAACAUGCCUAUGACUUUUACAAGCCUGAUAUGCUCUCUGAAUAUCCCAUAGUAGAUGGAAAACUCUCCAUACAGUGCUACCUCAGUGCAUUAGACCGCUGCUAUUCUGUCUACCGCAAAAAGAUUCGCGCCCAGUGGCAGAAAGAGGGAAAUGAUAAAGAUUUUACCUUGAAUGAUUUUGGCUUUAUGAUCUUUCACUCACCAUAUUGUAAACUGGUUCAGAAAUCGCUAGCUCGGAUGUUGCUGAAUGACUUUCUUAAUGACCAGAACAGAGAUAAAAAUAGUAUCUAUAGUGGCCUGGAAGCCUUUGGGGAUAUUAAGUUAGAAGAUACUUACUUUGACAGAGAUGUGGAAAAGGCAUUUAUGAAGGCUAGUUCUGAACUAUUUAAUCAGAAAACAAAGGCAUCUUUGCUUGUAUCAAAUCAAAAUGGAAAUAUGUAUACAUCUUCAGUAUAUGGUUCCCUUGCUUCUGUUCUAGCACAGUACUCUCCUCAGCAAUUGGCAGGGAAGAGAAUUGGAGUAUUCUCUUACGGUUCUGGUUUGGCUGCCACCCUGUACUCUCUUAAAGUUACACAAGAUGCCACACCAGGGUCUGCUCUUGAUAAAAUAACAGCAAGUUUAUGUGAUCUCAAAUCAAGGCUUGACUCAAGAACCUGUAUGGCACCAGAUGUUUUUGCUGAAAGCAUGAAGCUCAGAGAGGAUACUCAUCACUUGGCCAACUAUAUUCCUCAGUAUUCAAUAGAUUCACUGUUUGAAGGAACAUGGUACCUAGUUAGAGUGGAUGAGAAGCACAGAAGAACUUAUGCUCGGCGCCCCUCUCCAAAUGACCACAAUUUGAAUGAAGGAGUAGGGCUUAUGCAUUCAAAUACAGCAACUGAGCACAUUCCAAGCCCUGCUAAGAAAAUGCCAAGACUUCCUGCAACAGCAGCAGAACCUGAAGCAGCUGUCGUUAGUAACGGGGAACAUUAAGUACACUGUGAGGGACAAGACUUCGCAGCGGAUUUGGGUUGGGGAUGGGUGUAUGGGAACGGUUGCAGGAAUGGAUAUCUGGGGACAAUUUCAGAGGUUACAUGUUGUGUAAACUGUUAUGUGACUGACUCGGAGCCUAGAAAACUAUCGUGUUCUUGGAAAAGUCUCUCCGCAAUUUGCUUCCUGUUGUGGUCUGGCCAAUGCUGAGUGUUCUCAAAUGAUGUUAAGGGCUCUGUAAAACUUUAUACCUCUCUGGCCAUUUAUAUGCAUGAAAUUUAGUUUUUAAACAUGAUAUGAAUCGUGUGCUUCUGUCAAAAGAAAGCAGAGGUACUAAUGUCAAAUUUUUUUUUUUUAAUGUAAGUAUUUUAUACUUUGAACAAACAAGAUUACUGAAAGUACCUGUGGCUUUUGGAAAAUUUUUCUAGUUUGGGGAAUGGGGUCUUAAAAUGUGGUAUGCACAGACCCUGCUUGAAAAUGGCAAGACAAACAUUCUCUUUUUCUAAGAUUUAUAAAUCCUAAAGAGGCAGAAAAGAGUUAAGAUAGUGACACUGCUUCUGGAAUCUGGACUGUGCUUUAAGUCCAGGUCAGCAGUGAGGAAAGUUGUUGUAAUGACCUGAGCAGACAGCCGUCAGCAGUGAGCAGGCUUUUCGCAUGGAGAACAUGGUUCAUCUGGGACCUGUAGGAACUGAGUGCUCCUGGUCUCCUCAUGGGGGGUUAUGCUCUUACAGAUCUUACAGAGGUGUGCAUAAGGAAGCUUAUUGUGAUCCUUCUUUGCACCUUAUUGUAAAGAAUAAAUGAAACAUUUCUUGACUGCCUUUUUAAAUUUAAGAUAGUAAGGAUGGGGCAGGGCAUUAUUAGGUGACAUAUGCUUCAGUGUUAUAAGUUCAAUUUAUAGACUGACAAAUUUAUGGUGUGAGAGUUCUUUUCCUUUUUGUUUUAUGUGUAUGUUUUGUUUUGUUUUGUAUCUGUUCAAUGAAAAUAAGAAGUUACAACCCAACUUUUUACAUAUUCUGACUAGCCAAAAAAGAGUAUUCUCUUUCAAGAUCUGGAAGAAGAAUUUAUAAAGUUUUUCUUAGACUUUCACCUUAAAAAACAACAAACAAAACUAUCACAUUGAAUGAAUAAGAUUGGUUAGAAAGUUUUUUAGUUGUUUUUGGUGCUGAACUAUGACAUGAGCCUUAUAGAUUGUAAAAUAGAGAUAGUUGGAACUAAUGUACAGAACUAAAUUUUUUAACUUUAUUUGUUAAAUUCUGUGAAGUUUCAGUUAUCUAAAAUAAACAUACAGUGAUAAGAAAUGUAAUGUUGCAGAUUGCAAGGUAAUAUGUAAUGUGGUGUUGUAAGAUACUCUUGUCUAAUAUUAACUAGUAGUAUUUUGAUUUGUAAAGUUAUAAUUUGUUAAAAUGCCUUCAUUUUAACAUCCACUGAUAUAGAUUAAUAAUGUAAGUUCAGAUUUAAAGAAUGGUGGGAAAAUGGUGCAUGUAAUGCAUUUUUGCAAGUAUUGGAAGUUCUGUAUGUUUUGAAAAGAGUUAUUUAACAUUUGGAUGCCAAGAAAUGGGUUUUCUCAAAGUCCAUUGCCGGCAAUGGGCAAGCCUGGUAAUACUGGCACAGAGCAUUAACCAUACACCUUAUUAAUGCUGAGGUGAAUAACUUUGAAAUAAAGUUUUAGAGAAAUAUUUCA